AUGUAUAGCCCAACCGUACAGUACGAUCUAUGUGCAAUUUUGAUGCGUUUCCGCAAGUAUCAGUUCGUAAUAACAACUGACGUUGAGAAAAUGUUUUGGCAAAGCAAGAUAGGUCCAAGGGAUCAAGACUUCCAAAGGAUACUUUGGAGACCAGAGCCAGAUGAUGCGUUGGAGACCUAUCGGCUUACGAUUGUGACUUAUGGUACCACACCCAUCUCUUUCAUGGCCACAAACUGUCUCAUAUCGCUGGCUGAAGGUUCAAAACAUAGUGACCCAGAAGCGUCUGAAAUCAUUCAGUGUAAUUUCUAUAUGGAUGACUUGAUGUCCGGAGCUGACACUGUCGAUGAGUGCUCUCGGCUCCAAAAGCGGAUAAGUGCAAUUCUUGCUUCAGCAAAGCUACUGUUAAGAAAAUGGUGCUCAAAUUCCUCUGAACUUCUAAAAACACAAAGAGAAGUCCAUCAAAGAUCCCCUAUUUGCUUUGCAGAUCGGUGCUGA